GGAGAGAAGAGGAUAGCAAAAUAAGAAAUGAAUUUAUAGAUGCAGAUAAAAAAAUUUCAAAUCCAUCAAAUUCACAAAAACAUUCGGACGCCAUAUAUACCAGUCGACUCCUUACCGAAGAACUUAACUUGAAAAACCUUCCAGAACCAAAAAAUUCAAUCGAAUUAAAUGCACCACCAAGUUCGGAACAUGUUAUUCCUUCAGAUGAAGAAUCUCCUAGUAAGUGA